CACAUACCUAAGAAAUCUCAACAAUUUGCUCUCAAUACUAUCAUCAGAUUCUGCUAUCAGCAAUGGUUUUGGACACACAACUUCAGGUAAUGAUAAAAACAAUAAGGUUUAUGGACUAUACUUUUGUCGUGGCGAUGUGCACGCCACCCUUUGCAACUCAUGUGUUCAAUAUUCUAGCAAAUUGAUAACGCAGAAGUGCCCUAAUAAUGCUUCUGCUAUUUUUUGGUGCCCCUUUUGUCUUUUGAGAUACUCAAACCAGAAUUUCAUUGGUAAAUUAGCUGUAAGACCAAGGAUUCCAAUGUUUGAUUCAACACAAAAUUUUACAAGUGCUGGUGAGUUUGAUAGUGAUGCUAGGAUUUUGAUGAAUGGUUUGAUACAAAUGGGAUCAAAGACACCAUUAAUGUUUGGAACACAUAUGUUUAACAUAAAUGGUACUCAAAGAAGGUAUGGUUGGGUGCAGUGUAGCAGAGAUAUUACUAGUGAGGAAUGCAGAACUUGUUUGAGUAAUAUGCUUGAUGAUGUUGAAAAUUGUUGUAUGGAGAAGCGAGUGUGGCGUAUAUUUUCGCCAAGUUGUGUUGUCAUGUAUGAAACUCAGCCAUUCCUUUUGGCGGGUACGCAGCCUGACGCGCCUGCGCAACAGAAAGAAAAGAAGAGAAAACAAAAGGAUACAAUUCUAAUAAUAAUCAUAGUUGUAACCGCAAUGGUAGUAGCGCUAUUGGCUUUCAGCACAUUCUACUACAGGUGCUUGGAACGGAAAAAAGAUGAAAAAGAGAUGCAAAUCCUCGACGCAAUUUUUUCUCCAGACGAGACUAACAACGAGGAGAAUGUGAAUUCUGACCUACCUAUGAUGCCUCUGAGCACUAUUCUAAAAAGUACUCAUAAUUUUUCUGAUAAAUAUAAAUUGGGGGAAGGUGGAUUUGGAACUGUCUACAAGGGUGUUUUAGCAGAUGGAAGGGAAAUUGCUGUUAAAAGGCUUUCGAAAACAUCGGUUCAAGGUGUUGAGGAAUUCAAGAAUGAAGUAAUGUUGAUAGCCAAAUUGCAGCAUCGGAACCUUGUGAGACUGUUAGCUUUCUGCAUUGAGCAAAAUGAAAAGCUGCUUAUCUAUGAGUACAUGCCUAAUUCAAGCCUCAAUUUCCAGCUACGCGAUUUGGUAAAGGGCGCGCAGUUGGAUUGGAAACAGCGAUUAAACAUUAUUAAUGGGAUUGCUAAAGGGCUACUCUAUCUUCACGAGGACUCUAGACUCAGGGUUAUUCACAGAGACCUGAAAGCCAGCAAUAUUUUGUUAGAUCAUGAAAUGAAUCCAAAAAUUUCAGACUUUGGACUAGCAAGAACAUUUGGAGGAGAUCAAGGGGAAUCAAAUACAAUGAGAGUUGUGGGAACAUAUGGAUACAUGGCUCCAGAAUAUGCUAUCGAAGGCUUGUUUUCAGUGAAGUCAGAUGUUUUCAGCUUUGGCGUUCUUUUGCUAGAGAUCAUCAGUGGAAAAAGGAACAACAGAUUCUAUCUUUCAGAGCAUGGCCAAAGCCUUCUCACAUAUGCAUGGAACUUUUGGAGUGAAGGCAAAGGUUUAGAAUUGAUGGAUCCAUUGAUAUCAAAUUCAUGCGUGCCUAGUGAAGUUUUGAAGUGUAUACAAAUUGGCCUAUUGUGCGUACAAGAUAACGCAGCUGACAGGCCUACAAUGUCAGGUGUUGUUCACAUGCUUGGAAGUGACAAUGUUACUCUUCCCAGUCCCAUAUGUCCAUCUUUUUCUGUUGGAAGGUCUACAAAUACAAUUGAAGGAGGGUCGUCAUCAAAUGCUUCUACCUCUGUCACUGUCAAUGAAAUAACCCUAUCCGAAGUGUUGCCUAGAUGAUCAAUAGAAAUGGACAUGUGUUUCUUCUUAGCUUUACAUAAAUAUUUGGUGGAUAAGUUUAUUUGAGUCUUCGAAAUAUAUCUGUCGGCAUUUGAUAUGGUUUAUGUUAUUGCGCA